UAUUUUUGUUGACAAAAGUUUUUGAAAGCGAUUUAAAAGGCAUUUAAUUGUGUCUAAAAUGAGCACAAAAUCAAAUGCAAACCAAUUGUUCACUAAAUGGUUGACUGAAUGGCGAAACAGCGCUAAAGACGUCGGAUCUAAGAUGGAGUUCGUCUACAAUAAGGCUUUGCGGUCACUUCGGGAACACCCGAACCCUUUGGCCACCGGACAGGAGUGCCGACAGUUGAAGGGUUUCGGCGAAAAGAUAUGCCAAAGAAUUGACCAGAAAUUGGCUCAAAUGAAUGGCACGAAUCAGAUCUCGACCGAAACCAACAAUGAAGUCACUGUUCGUCGAGAAGAGCGACAAAUCACUGAUUUAUUACCGCAGAAGAAGAAGAGACAACUGAAGAAUACGCCCAACAAAACGUCGAGUCCAUUGAAAAAAGUGGCCAAAACUAAGCGAAACACUAAUUAUAUCCCGAGUGAGGGUUCGGGCGCUUAUGGGAUACUAAUGGCUCUAAUCAGGUCUGAGUUAGAGGACAGCGUCGACUCUUUGGGCAANAUUAAAAAUAUAUACAAUCAUAAAAUCAAAUGUAAAAAUAUAUGA